AUGGAUGCUUUAAGAAAUGCUAAUGCUAGGAUGGUUGGGGUGUAUGGCAUGGCUGGCAUUGGUAAAACCAUGCUUGCUAAAGAGGUUGCUAGACAAGCCAAGGAGGAGAAGCUAUUCAAUAAGACGGAAAGCAUAUCUGUUAGAGCAGAACGAUGUUUGAGUCGUCGACUGGGGCAAGAAACCGAGAUCCUCAGAGUUCUAGACGAUGUCUGGGACAAAUUCGAGCUGCAUGAAGUGGGAAUUGCUUUUGAGAAUGACAGGAAUCAAUGCAAGAUACUGUUCACCUCUAGAUCUCGAGAGGUGGUGUGUAAUGAUAUGGGUGCUGACAAGAUUUUCAUGCUCGAAGUUCUCUCUUAUAAUGAAGCUAAAGAUUUAUUUGGCAAAAUAGUUGGGGAUUCAAUGAUGAACAAUCCUGAUAUCCAACCUUUGGCAACUGUAAUUGUGGAAGAAUGUGGAGGAUCACGAAUUGCGAUAACGACGGUCGCAAAUGCAUGGAAAAGCAAAAGCUAUCCUACUUGGGAUAAUACCUUGCAAGAGCUAAGAAGAUCUGCCCCAACUAACAUCAAAGGCAUGCAUGAUAUAGUAUAUUCUAGUAUAACGGUGAGCUAUAACCUUUUAGAAAGUGAUGAAGCAAAGUUGAUGCUGUUGUUUAUUGGUUUAUAUCUAGAAGAUUGUCACAUACGCUCACUCACGUUCUUGAUAUACGGUAUUGGGUUGGGAUUAUUCCAAGGCAUCAAAGGAUUAGAAGAGGCAGAAAACAGAGUUCUUAUAGAGGUUGAAAAUCUCAAGCCUUUUAGAAAUUAUGUUCCUGAGCUGGAAGACAGUAGGCAACUCGAGGAUGCAACUGCAAUUUCACUACUAUACAGCACUGAUGACUUCAGGCUUCCUGAAAGGUUACAAUGUCCGCAGCUCAAGUUUCUUUUUGAAGAAAUGAAGGACCUUAGAGUUUUAAGAGUUGUUUACUCUGUGUUUAUAAACUCUGCCUUCGUCGUUUCCAUUCCUUCAAAAUCUUCAAAGUCUUGGCUCCUUGAAGUGAUCGAACGCAACGUCAUAUCAAGUUUAACACAUUUGGGAAAUUUGAGUUUGGAACAUUGCUUUACAAAAUGGGAUACCGAGGGAGGCAAUCGCUAUAGAAGAGAUGCUAAUCUUAUUGAGUUAAAGAAUUUGUCUCGAUUGAGCUACUUACGUAUAGAUAUGCCUGAUGUUAACGUUAUGCCAAAAGACUUGUUUUCUACGAAGUUGAAGAGCUAUCGCAUAAUCAUUGGACGAUUUCGGACUCACUCUAAUGGUAUGUCUAUUAUGUCAGGAGCAUAUUGUUCAAAAGUAUUGGGACUUGAGCUCGACAUAAGAAGAUUGCGGGGCGAUCAUGGUCUUCAAAUGUCGUUGAAAAGAUCUCAACCUCUAAAUCUAUAUACAUCAAAUGGUUGA